GAGCUGCGAAGUACGGGUUUGGCGCUACGGCGCACUUGCCAGUAUCAACGGUCUGCGUUUAUCGACUAUUGUGUGUGCUGUGGCAAAUGCGAUCCAUUGGCUCCAGAUACAAGAAUUUACGUGAUUUUCUCGUAAACGUUGCCAUCGUCAAUCAUGAUGGACGUGCAGAGCCAGUACAAAGUGACGCCUGUGAGCGGCGACGGCUGUAAGAAUCAAACUCCUCCGACGCUUCUGUCAAGUUUGAGGAGCGUGCUCUUCGUAAUCGGAACCGUGGUGAUCGGAUUCGCCGCUUUCUGCAACUCACUAACAUGGCAUUUGCAGCGGUUCUGGGGAGCAUCCGGUGAUUUCUGGCAGGCGCAAUGGGACAAAAUCCUAAACAAACUGGGCGACGAUCCUGUGACACUCUGGGUGCAUGGGUCGUUGGGGCUGACGUUUUUCGUUUAUUGGUUCUUCGGCGGUAUCUAUACGCUGUUGGACCUGACUAACCGGCCAGUCGCGCUGCGAAGAUACAAAAUACAACCUGGAACGAACGAACCCGUCAACAGAAAGGAAUUGUGCAAAGUGAUCGCUCAAGUAGUGUUCAAUCAGAUCAUUGUCGGAGUUCCUCUGGCGUACGUCAGUUAUCAAUUUAUGGAAUGGCGCGGCUACCCCCCUGUGCGCGAGUUGCCGACCUUCCACUGGGUACUCGUUGAAAUCGCAAUUCACAUAUUAUGCGAGGAAAUUGGAUUUUAUUACUCGCACAGAUUCCUCCAUAGCCGCUAUUUGUAUAAGUACAUACACAAACAACACCACGAAUGGACGGCCCCAAUAGCUGUAACGUCGUUAUAUUGCCACCCCUUAGAACACAUUGGCUCGAAUCUGUUGCCACCGUUUUUGGGAGUAUUCAUCGUAGGUUCUCACGUGGCUACCGCUUGGCUUUGGUUCUCGCUUGCUAUUCUCUCUACAUUGAAUGCUCACUCCGGUUACCAUUUACCAUUCUUCCCAUCCCCAGAAGCUCAUGAUUUCCAUCACUUAAAAUUCAACCAAUGCUUCGGAGUCCUGGGGGUGUUGGAUCGUAUCCACGGAACGGACACCCAGUUCCGUAAUUCUAGGGCUUACCAGCGUCAUGUAAUGAUGCUCAGCUUGGUACCGCCAAGAGAAGCAUUCCCAGAUGAAGUUAAAUAUAAAUCUAAAUAAAGGGUUUCCGAUGAACGUCAUGAUAAAUAUGAAAGUUCAUAUAAAGUUAUUCUGAAGAUGUAGUAGAAGAUACUUCGUGACUUAAAGUAAUUUCCUUUUCAUUGUUUCCGAUCGAGAAUAACUGACCAGAGAAAUAUGAUCAGCGACCUGCAUUCCGAGCUGAUAAUAUUUUUCCCGCGGUUGCCCGAUUCAACGAUCAAUUUCGCUUCUCCUACGUAGACACUGCGUAUUUAGAUUUAUUUCCGUCAGUUUCGGUUCGUUCUGAACACUACAAUGGUGCGAUGGUAAUUUUCUGAUUAAGCACACGACCGCUAAAUUUUACGAUUUUUCUUACGUGACGCGUCGUAUUAAGUAUAAUUGUAUCGAAGGUAUUAUUGAUUAGUAUCCUAACGUCUAAGAGCAAUCGUUUGAAAGUUGUAAUAGUAUUAUGUGCAUUCUCUUUCUGUUCUUAUCGAGGACUCACGCAAAUACUUGGCAGUCCUUUGGAGUCUUUAAAGUCGAACACAGUUUUACCGCAGAUUCUUCGGAUCUUUGUUUCGACAAAGUUCUUGAGUUGCAACUGCAGUUAACAAUUCUUUAUUCUUGCAACAUGAAAGUCGAGUUGGACAGUUUGUUUUACAGCGACAUUUUAUUUCUCCGUCCGAUGAUCGUUUGGGACUAGAUCACUGCUCAGAGGAUGUAUGUUUCGUUGUGCUCAGAAAUGUUUGUAUUCGAUUGUAAAGUGGUGUCCAAUCUGGAUCUCUUUCAACGUCAUCGUAAAUGUUACUGUCGUCUGACUCGGGAAAUGUAUUUUCAUCAAUUAAUUCUACGACUCUCUGAUUCUUGUCUGAACUUCAAAUUCUUUUUCUCUUCAGUUUCUGGAAUGUGGUUGGUAGUUUUAUUUUUUUCUAUGUAUUCUGCCACCUUCGUUUGCAGCAUUUCAUACGUUUCCAGAUUAUUUUACUCGGAUUCCUUUGCAUAAUGUUGUUUGCUUCGUUGUUGCUUGCUGAAUUUUUGAGUAAAGCUUCUAUUUUUGCACGACGUUCAAUGUGUGAAUCGGGAUUUUUAUCACAGUCAUCUAAAAUCUCUUUACAGUCGUUUAAUAUCUUCAGCAUGUUAGCCUGAAUCUUUUCCCUGUCUUGUUCAGCUGAUUCCGCUGUUUCAUGCAUAACUGCAAUCUCAAUUAAAUGUUCAUUCGGUUCGUCAAUUAAGUCUCUGAUCUUCUGUUGUAAGAACUGAUUGUUCUCUUUGAGUUCUGUAUGCUCUAGUGGAUCGGAGAUUCGAACGUCUUGGUCGACUAAAGCAAGCUUUAACUCUUUAUACAAAUAUACAUGGAAUGCUGUAAGAAUUUUAAAGAACGAAAUUUAGAUUAUUGAAAUAUCUUUUUUACGACAAAAUACACUGUUGGGAAACUUAGAAUUGUAACAUGUACUUCAUCUGGAUAUUAACUUAUUAAAAUAUAUAUGUAUAAUAUAUAUAUAUAUAUAUAUAUUCACAUAAUAUAGCAAUAUUCUGAAAGCGUUUACUUGACAAGUUAUGUUUGUAUUGGAAUUACGAUAUUGCGACGAAACUGUUUAUGACAAUUACUAUUUUUAUAUUCAGUUCCAUAAUAAAAGCAAUAACUCAACACAAAUUUAAUCUAAGGUGAAAUUAUGAUUAUGGUAUUGUAAUGUGUCAUCGAUGAUUAUGCACUUCUGAAGCUUUAAAUUUAUAAAAUAAAUUAAGUGAAAUUUAGAGACAUCGAUACAAACAAUCGUAUUUUUGUAAAUUUUAUGUUGUCUGUACGAAAAGUGUGUGUUGGCGAAAUCGUAGAAUUAACUUCCUCCGACACUUUUUUUCCUCGUAUGAAGAGAGAAAGAUUCAUCUAAACAAUAAACGUAAAUCGAUGCUCUACUAUUCAUUAGUUAUUGUAUUAAACGACAACGUUUCUUCAAUUAACAAUACGAAGUUUGCAAUUUAUAUGAGAUUACAACACUGCUGAUUUUAUGUACAUAUUCGCACAACGUGUUUAUUAAUAAAAUUUUAUAAUCGAGUGUGGUGACAUUUUUGUUUUGUAUACGUAAAGAAAUUAAACAAUUUUAAUUGUA